UGUCUUCAGAUGGGAAAGGUGGAAAAGAACAUAAAAAAAUGUGUCAAACACAAUUAGGUAAGCCAAAGAGUCAUGCUGCUAAAGGCAUGGGAACAAUUAGAAUAUACUCUUUGCAGCUCAUCAAACCCAGGAAGCUUGCUGAUAAGUUAUCCAUGCGUACAAGGAGUGCCCAAGGAAGAUACAGUCAGUGGAAGAGUGCAACAAAUUCCCUGAGCCUUGCUUCACCAAGAAAGACUUUAAAGAGAUUCUUUUGCAAGAGAUUGUUUUUUAAAGGAGUGAACAUGUCGGGGAGUUUUCCAAAGUGAAGCGUCGGUGAAACACAGUGUGAGAACUAACCAUUGGGAAGAUGAAGUGGAAGGCAGGAGGUGAUACUUGUUGCAGAGUUUUGAAACAACCGAAAUGGAAAGUUGCUGAUGUGUUGCCUCUUGUGUGUAACUCCUUGAGUAGGCCUGCUUUGGUGCUCCAGAAAUAGAAUGUAACAAAUGAGCUGUCCGUUUUUCAGGGUUUCUUUGGAGACUCAGAACUCGAGGAUGGGCAUUUUUGUUUGUUUGGUUGGUUGCCAAGGGUUAGUGAAUGGGACUAGUGAACAUGGGUAUAAGUGUGAAACAGUGACAGAGGCUAGGCCUGACUUUUGUUGGCAGGGAGUUGAGUGUCAUGACUCUCCUAGUGUUCUCUAAAGGUAUUGCUGAUCUGUUGUCUGGUUGAUGCAGUCCUUACUAAAGCAGGGCCAGUUUCAAGGUGGGAUCAGUUUGCUUUGGGCUGUGUAGUCGUGGCCAGUAUGCUCAGUGAACCUCACCCCAAGUCUGCCCAGGGCCUACGCCAUUCAAGGGGUGGAGAAAGGGAUAGGUACAAGUUUGCUGGUUGUAUUAACUCAUUUGGAGCAUGAAAAUCCCAAAGGCUGAACCACAGAGUCUGCAGAAAAAUCUUAUUUUGAAAGUGUGGGUGUAAGUUUGUAGAUGAAGUUCAGUACAGACCAAUUUCAGUGUAAUAUGUAUGGAAAGGAUUGCAAUGCUAAUUUUCUGUACACAAAAAUAAAGCAUGAACUGACUUUCUACUCAGGAAAAAAAUCAUACAGCUUGUAUAAUCCAAUGAAAAGAUAAAUUCUGUGCCAAGAUGUGCCUAAUAAAGGACAGGUUAGGAAUUAUUAGGAAGGAGUUAAAAAAAGAAAUAAAAAGCACCAUCAUGCCACUACAAAUCCAUGUUGCUCCCCUCUCCUGUUUCAGGAAGUACUGAAAUUUGCUGAGCUACAGAGGAGAAUGUCAAAGAUGAUGAAGGGCAGGAAGGAGCUUUUGUGAAAGAAUCAAAGGUGACAAGAAUAGUGGAGCAGAGAAGUUAAGAAUGAUGCAGAGAACACAGAUGUGAAGAGCAAAAGAGAGAGGAAGGAGCUGAGCCCGGUGCAGAAGGGGCAAGCAGAAGCAGCAGCCUAAAUGCAACUCCUUCCCAGGUGGGUGACAAUGCCUGUCGAAAGGAUGCGGAUGCGGCCCUGGCUGGAAGAACAAAUCAACUCUAACAGAAUACCGGGGCUGAAAUGGCUAAAUAAGGAGAAGAAGAUUUUUCAGAUUCCCUGGAUGCAUGCCGCAAGACAUGGUUGGGAUGUUGAAAAAGAUGCUCCCUUAUUUAGAAACUGGGCAAUUCACACAGGAAAAUACCAGUCAGGAGUAGAUAAACCUGAUCCAAAGACAUGGAAGGCAAACUUCCGUUGUGCUAUGAACUCCCUGCCUGACAUAGAAGAAGUGAAGGACAAAAGUAUAAAGAAAGGAAACAAUGCCUUCAGGGUGUACCGGAUGCUGCCCUUAUCUGAAAGACCUUCCAAAAAAGGAAAAAAGACGAAAUCUGAGAAAGAUGACAAGUUCAAACAAAUUAAGCAAGAGCCAGUUGAAUCAUCUUUUGGGAUGAAUGGGCUAAAUGCUGUCACUUCUGACUAUUUCCUGUCCUCCAGUAUAAAAAAUGAAGUUGACAGUACAGUGAACUUUGUAGUUGUAGGACAGCCACACCUUGAUGGCAGCAAUGAGGAGCAGGUGAUAGUUACCAACCCUCCUGAUGUUUGUCAGGUGGUAGAGGUGACAACAGAAAGUGAUGAACAGCCCCUCAGCAUGAGCCAGCUGUACCCUCUACAGAUCUCCCCUGUCUCAUCCUAUGCAGAAAGUGAAACAACAGACAGCGUUCCAAGCGAUGAAGAAAAUGCAGAGGGACGACUUCAUUGGCAGAAAAAAAACAUUGAGGGCAAACAGUAUCUCAGCAAUCUAGGAAUGAGGAACACUUCUCAUAUGCUUCCCAGCAUGGCAACUUUUGUAGCCAACAAGCCUGACCUCCAAGUCACCGUCAAAGAAGAAAGCUGCCCACUGCCUUACAACAGCUCCUGGCCUCCUUUCCCAGACAUCCCUCUGCCACAAGUAGUGUCCACAGCCUCCACGAGCAGCAGCCAGCCAGACCGUGAGACACGGGCCAGCGUCAUCAAGAAAACGUCAGACAUCACUCAGUCAAGAGUCAAGAGCUGCUAAGCCUUUGACAGUGUGGUUUUUUAGCUUUGUUUAGUUUGAUUUUGUAUUUUACGUUUCUCUAAGAGAGGUUCAUCCCUUGGCGCACACGAGACAAACUCUAAAGUAAAGCCUUGGCAAUAUAAAACCUUGCAGUGUCUGACUCCAGUGCCGGAGUGUUUUUAACUCAGGACUCCAGCAGUCAGUGUGUAUACCUGAACCCAUAUUUCCAAGGUUGCUACAUAGGAAAAGAACCCAAGAACUUUGGCCCACUCACAGGUUCCAGUGUUUCAUAAGAGGACCAAGCGACCACAAGGGAAGUGGUGCUGCUGCGCUUCUUGCUGUCAAGGCUCUGAUGGGACUGAAAGCCUCAGAAUGGGAGAGAAAAUGUGAACUAGCUGGAAUAUUUUUAAAUAAAGAAAAAUCUAUUGUGAAUAUUGUACAUAGUGCAGUACUAGCAAAGUUGCAGUCUGCUUCUGCACCUUAUUAAGAAAGCACUUACAAAAGGCCUUUUAUUACCUUGCUCUACUUAAUGGCACAUUGAAGGUCCCUCUCCACCUGUAUUCUUUUCCAAGGCUAUUCUUGCUAAAGUGUCUUUAAAGAAUAGAGGAAGGGAAAGGAAACUAAAACUUUCCGUGUGGAUUUCAUACGUUCUGAGACUGCUUUCAUCAUGUUUGUUUCUAAUCUGCUAUGCUUGAAUGCCGCGUGGUACAAUAGAAAAAAGAAAAACUUAUUACAGAGAUAUUAUGCAAAUUCCCAGAUUUAAAAAAGAAGAAAAAUACUCUAAUUCUAACCAGAGCAAGCUUUUUUAUUUUUUAUACAGGGGAAUAUUUUAUUCAAAGUAAAAUUCUAAAGUGAUAUAAUUUUUUUUAAUCUUUUCUACAGCAAAAUUUAUAAUUUUAAGAUUCAGUCCUUGGUUAUCAGCAGUUAUGACAUCCUUGUGGCACAUUUUUUUUUAAUUUUGUAAAGGUGAAAUAGCUUUUAUGAGCUCAUGUAGCAAUCAGAUUAUCCUGUGGAUUGAUAAUAAAUAUGGUAUAUAGUUAAAUUUUUAAUAA